AUGUUCACCUGGCUCAAAAACUUCCUCAACGGGAGCACAUCCACAAACUGGCGCCGCAAACGCGCAAACAGAGCGUACCACAAAAAAGUCCGCGCGCGCGAGCGCCAACUCCGCCGGAAAUGGCACCAUGAAGAUGUUGCGAAUCGGUUCUUUUAUUGGGCGCCGUAUAGUAGUCAACGGCCGUCGAAGGAGGCUGUUAAGGAGUAUAAGAAUAAGAAGGAGAAGCAGAAGGGGAGAGAGAAUCGGAUUGGAAAUGAGAAGUAG